CUCUUUGUACAUGACUCGGUGUCCGCAUGACCGACAACGAAUGACCUCGCGCAUUUGGAUGUUGUUCUUCUGUCCACAAUCGGCGCAGAUGUAGUUGACCUUGUCUGCCUUGACGGGCCCGCUCUCGUCCGGGUUGUAAGAAGCGCUCAUCUGCUUGGUUUGUGUGGUGCUUGCUGAUGUCUGCGAUGUCCGAGAAAAUCAAAAUCUCGCCGACCACCAGCUACAGGCACCCGUCCAACUGUAAUACUUCGCGGUUUCUCUCUUGAUGCAGCGCCAGACUGACAGAUGAGCAAGCGACAGGCUGUCAAGCAAGCACUUCUCAAGCUCUUGCCGGAAGUACAGGACGCGACGCUGCCCAGAGAACUCGAAGAGCUCACCCAUGCUUUGGACAAUGUUCAAGUACACCUAGAGGACAAUCAAAAAGCUGCUAAACUCUAUCUAUGUGCGCACAUUGCGUGUGAUCAGCUCUCUCAUUCAUUGGGACUACCAGACCUGCGACUUGAUCGGCCACCUGUCCCGCCGAAUCGCUACCGGAAGCUCUAUGAGCAGAUAUCGCGCGAUCCUCAGAUACGCAAUGUGCUCUCUCGUACUUCAAAGUCCACUUCGGCUCAAGAAGAACGUGAGGCUGAGCAGGCCUUGGUCAGAGAGGUUUGUGAGCAGUACGGGCUGCAGGUGCCCACCAAUGUGGUGCAGAAGAUCAUGGAAGUGUCUUUCGAUAUCCGCCGUGGUUUCAAGAUGGAAGCUCUUGUUGCUGCCUCAUAUCUGGUGUCUGUAUCUGUGAUGAAGAAGCAGAAAAUCAAUGCCGACAAGAAAGAGUAUGACGAAGACGCAGAAAUCGACGAGGAUGAUCAUCGAGCCAUCGACAGCAAAGUCAGGGAGUCGCUCGCCAGGGACUUGAGCGUUGAUGAAGGCGAGAUCACAAGAGCGUACAAGCAACUCGUCGAUACUGUGGGCGAUAAGAAUUGGUUCCUCGCGUUGAUGCUCGGCACAAAUCUGGUCGCAGGCCCAGCAAAACCAGCGAACGCUACCGACAAGCGUUUCGUGCUCGCGACAAUGGUUCAACCAAUGUAUGACUUUCGCAGCACCAGGAACAUGCAGAGGCAGACAGAAUGGGAGGCGAGCAUGCUGGAGCAAAUUCGAAAGAGGCGCCAGGCCCUUGAGACCGUUAGCUGAUAUAUGGCAGUUAGUGCGGCACUGACUGAUGCCUCGAUGUACAUAAUAUGUCAAUGUCAAUUUCAGUCAAUGGACCAGCUUUCUGUAGACGACCCGUAAAUGUGACUGCAGUUAGUCCUCCCACCCGCCCGUCUUCAAUUCGCCCAACAUUCACAAUCGUGGAGUUCCAGCAGCACGCUUCCUCAGGCUCUUCUCUAGGCGCUCUAUCUGUUCUUGGCCGCAUACACAGCACAUCUCAGAUUCCUCUGUCUAUUGCUGCUACUAUGUCUACCUUUCAAAAGCUUUGGAACUCGCCUGUUGGCCCCAAGACGUCCCAUUUUUG